AUGGAAGCAGACCUGGUGAAGGAGAAAGUAAAGCCGAAGUCAACAGCGCUCAAUCGGAUCGCCCUGGGCGAGGAUGCUGUGGCCGAGGAUAAGGCAGCAACCUCGGUCCUCCUCAGAGAGCCACCUCCAGGUCAUGCCUUUCUGGCAGAUCUAGCCACGUACAUUCGAAGUAAGAAUGCAGGGCCAUACGAGCUUACAUUUGACGUGAUAUUCUCGGAUCCAACCAGGAUGAACAUGGUGAAAGCUACCGGCAUACUGAACCGAUCAACAGUGGCUCGGUUGUACGGUAUCUACGAGGAAGACGUCCUGGCCAGCCUGUGGUGGGAUCCAGCAUUGGCAUUCAAAGCCACCAUCAAACGGUCACGAGUCAGCGGCGGCUUUUGGGAACGUGAUGCCCAUGGUGCUCAACAAGCCGUACCACUGAUGGAGCUGGCAGUGCCGGUUCCGUCGUCUUGA